ACCCGGAAGCGAUUUCGUAGCUACGGUAGCGGCUGGGUGGAAAGCUAAGGCCUUUGAAGACCUGGGACCCUAUAGUGUCGGGAGAGGGUGAAGGGUGAAUGGUGCUGAGGUGCGAGGAGAGGGAAGAACAGUAAAGAGCAGGUGGGCAAGAGGGUUUGCGACUCCGGAGACCUCAGCUUUUGGGGUGCCGGGUGGGGAGCGCAGGGGAACCCUCAGGACGGCUUUCUUUUGGCGAUUGAGGGUUUUUCUGUCACAGGAAGCUGGGCCGGGCUGCUGUGCCUGGGAGGAGGGAAGGAGGAAUGAGAAAGCGGUGACAGUCCCUGACCCCCUCGCCAGGUGACUGUCCCACCCAUUUAGUUGAAUGUAGCGGCCGGAGAGGCACUCGCGGCAGGCCGUACGGGUGGGACCUCUCGGUGUCCUUCGGGAAACAGGAGGAGCAAGUUCGACUCCAGCGAGGGAAAACAGAGCCUCACCAGAAGUAUUUCAUCUCGCUGGUCUACCCCAAGAUCUCAGCCUCAUUAUUUUCUUACUCUUCUGGAGUGCUUAUGUGCCUUUACAGUUUCUGUUUGCAAACGCUGUCUAGCAUACUAAGAGGAUAUUAGCAAACCUGUUCCAUGGACACUAAAUGGCAGUUGUACAUCUCCCCUCAUCAGUCAUAGUGACAACCAGAAAUGCCCUCCAUAUUUUCCAGUGAUCCCAGCAAUGGGAAAUCCGGAAAACAUAGAAGAUGCAUAUGUUGCUGUUAUUCGUCCAAAGAAUACUGCCAGUCUCAAUUCUCGGGAAUACAGAGCUAAGUCAUAUGAAAUUUUGUUGCAUGAGGUUCCCAUUGAAGGACAGAAAAAAAAGAGAAAGAAAGUUUUAUUAGAAACGAAACUUCAAGGCAACAGUGAAAUAACACAAGGCAUUUUGGAUUACGUAGUAGAAACCACCAAACCAAUUUCUCCUGCAAACCAGGGUAUCAGAGGAAAACGAGUUGUACUAAUGAAAAAAUUUCCUCUGGACGGAGAGAAGAUGGGCAGAGAAGCGUCAUUAUUUAUUGUUCCAUCAGUUGUCAAAGAUAAUACUAAAUAUAUAUAUACCCCAGGAUGCCCAAUUUUUUAUUGCUUUCAAGAUAUCAUGCGAGUCUGUAGUGAAUCCAGUACUCACUUUGCUACACUUACAGCAAGGAUGUUAAUAGCCUUGGAUAAGUGGUUAGAUGAACGUCAUGCACAAUCUCACUUUAUUCCAGCUUUAUUCCGACCUUCUCCUCUUGAGCGGAUAAAAACUAAUGUCAUAAAUCCUGCAUAUGCUACUGAAUCAGGUCAGACAGAAAACUCACUACAUAUGGGCUAUAGUGCACUAGAAAUAAAGAGUAAAAUGUUAGCCCUAGAGAAAGCAGAUACCUGUAUUUACAACCCUUUGUUUGGAUCAGAUCUUCAAUAUACAAAUCGGGUAGAUAAAGUGGUAAUAAAUCCAUACUUUGGUCUAGGAGCUCCAGACUACUCAAAAAUCCAAAUACCUAAACAGGAAAAAUGGCAGAGAAGCAUGAGCAGUGUCACAGAAGACAAGGAACGACAGUGGGUAGAUGAUUUUCCUCUCCACCGAAGCGCCUGUGAAGGAGAUUCAGAAUUACUAAGCCGUCUUCUCAGUGAAAGAUUUUCAGUCAACCAAUUAGACAGUGACCACUGGGCACCCAUUCAUUAUGCCUGCUGGUAUGGAAAAGUUGAGGCCACUCGCAUAUUGUUAGAGAAAGGAAAGUGCAAUCCGAACCUUUUAAAUGGACAACUUAGUUCUCCUCUUCAUUUUGCUGCUGGAGGAGGACAUGCUGAAAUAGUACAGAUUCUCCUAAACCAUCCAGAAAUUGAUAGACAUAUAACAGACCAGCAAGGAAGAUCUCCGUUAAAUAUUUGUGAAGAAAACAAACAAAAUAACUGGGAAGAAGCUGCUAAAUUGUUGAAGGAAGCCAUUAACAAGCCUUAUGAAAAAGUUCGAAUAUACAGAAUGGAUGGGUCAUAUCGUUCUGUUGAAUUGAAGCAUGGAAAUAAUACCACAGUGCAGCAGAUAAUGGAAGGAAUGCGUCUCUCUCAAGAAACUCAGCAAUAUUUCACUAUAUGGAUUUGUUCAGAAAACCUCAGCCUUCAACUCAAACCGUAUCAUAAACCCUUGCAACAUGUUCGUGACUGGCCAGAAAUACUUGCUGAAUUGACUAAUCUGGAUCCUCAAAGGGAAACAUCUCAGCUUUUUCUAAGAAGAGAUGUGAGACUUCCUUUGGAGGUUGAAAAACAGAUUGAAGACCCGCUAGCUAUUCUUAUUCUCUUUGAUGAAGCCAGAUAUAAUUUAUUGAAGGGCUUUUAUACAGCUCCUGAUGCUAAGCUGAUAACAUUGGCAAGUCUGCUUUUGCAAAUAGUCUAUGGAAAUUAUGAGAGUAAAAAACACAAGCAAGGUUUCCUAAAUGAAGAAAAUCUAAAAUCCAUCGUACCUGUUACCAAACUGAAAAGUAAGGCACCUCACUGGACAAAUCGCAUACUUCAUGAAUACAAGAAUCUUAGUACAAGUGAAGGUGUCAGUAAAGAAAUGCAUCACCUUCAGCGCAUGUUCUUACAGAAUUGCUGGGAAAUUCCUACUUAUGGAGCAGCAUUUUUCACAGGACAGAUAUUUACAAAGGCAAGCCCCAGCAAUCAUAAAGUCAUCCCUGUGUAUGUAGGAGUGAAUAUAAAAGGACUUCAUCUCCUCAACAUGGAAACUAAGGCUUUACUCAUCAGUCUUAACUAUGGUUGUUUUAUGUGGCAAUUGGGAGAUACUGAUACUUGUUUUCAGAUCCAUAGCAUGGAAAAUAAAAUGAGCUUUAUAGUACAUACGAAACAGGCUGGUCUCGUGGUAAAACUGUUAAUGAAGCUAAAUGGACAGUUAAUGCCCACUGAAAGAAAUUCAUAAAAGAGAAGUAACUGUUACUCAAGCCACCACAUUUUGUAAUGCAGAAUUUUUUUCCGUGAAAGAUUUCUUAAAAGAUUACUUUGGCCAAGCAUGGUGGCUCGCCCCUGUAAUCCCAGCACUUCGGGAGGCUGGGGCAGGCAGAUCACCUGAAGUCAGAAAUUCAAGACCAGCCUGGCAAACACGGUGAAACCCUGUCUCUACAAAAAUACAAAAAUUAGCUGGGCGUGGUGGCGGGCGCCUAUAAUCCUAGCUACUAGGGAGGCUGAGGUGGGAGAAUCGCUUAAACCCAGGAGGCGGAGGUUGUAGUGAGCCAAAAUUGCGCCGCUGCACUCCAGCCUGGGUGACAGAGCAAGACUCCAUCUCAAAAAAAAAAAAAAAAAAAAAAAAUUACUUUCAACAAGGCAUUUAGUUUCUUGUAAUAUAUAUGUACACUAUUACAUUGUACAGAAUCUGUACUUACGUUUGGUGUGUAAUAUACCAAUUAGUUUUAUAUAAUAUCCUCAUAAGCUAUUCUAAUUUUUGAGAGAAACACAAAAAGUUAUAGAUUGAUAGUCUGUAUAAUAGACAAAAUAGUAAGCUUUAUAAAAAGUUAUUUUUGGUAAAUGGUAAAGAAUUUGGAGUGGAAUGUGAUGAGAUUAAAAUGUAGCUUUGGUAUAACUUCAUGUGUAUUUCAAAAUAUACUGAACGUCAACAUGAUUUGAAUAAAGAAAAUGUAUUUUCUACUUGAACCAUAU